AUUCUCUCUACCUUACUAUUUUCCCCCAAGGCUAAACCCGUCACAUCUAACGCAUCUUCUACAAAUCACAGAUUUGUUUCUUUCUUUAGCCAGGGAUCCUACUCGGCGCAUGUAGCCAUUAACUUCUUAUUCUACAUCGAUCUUUCUCUGUAUUUUCUCUUACAUCCCAUAUUCCUCACUUUUCUACCGGGAAUUGAAGGUGUCUGUGUCCCUUAAAUCCUCUUUUGGGCCCAGCAGCGCGGAUCGCAAGGAAAAAAAAAAGUUGAAUACCCAGUUCGCGAUAUACUUUCCACCUUGCGCAUCUCCGUCUAACAAACUUUCACGACAACUCAUACGCAUCAUAAUCGACCGAACGUCAUCUCGGCUGUUGACUGUUCACCUUCCAUGUCUUCCUUUACGUAGUGUUGUCUACCUUCUCAAGCUCGGUCCCACGCGUCAGACGCGCUCAUUCAACCAUCUCGCAGGCCGCGUGCCUCGAGCUGAUUUAAUCAUACUCCCUAAUAUAUCGAGUUGCCACCAUGUCGGGCUUCAGCGGAUUCGGCUCUGGCGGCAGCGCCUUCGGCAGCAACAACAAUACCUCCACUGGGUUCGGUGGAUUUGGUAGCAAUAACACACCCAGUACAACAGGCUUCGGCGCAAAUAAUGCUACUACUAGCGGCUUUGGUGCCCCCGGUAAUACGGGAGGCGGCCUAUUCGGCUCCGGGACCGCGCCGUCUGGCUUCGGUUCCAACACUGGUGGUGCAUUCGGAUCGACGAACAAUACCGGCGGUGCGUUUGGUUCCAAGCCUGCUUUCGGCGGCACAUCUACGAGCGGUGGCUUGUUUGGUGCUGCUACCACAUCGACUUCGGGCGGGUUCGGCGGCUUUGGAUCUACAAGUAAUGCUUCGACGUCCAGCCCUUUUGGUGGUGGCAGUGGCAGUGGCACUGGUACUGGUACGUCCAUUUUUGGAAGUAACAACAACAAGCCGGCCUUUGGAACCUCGAAUACUGGCACGACAGGUGGUGGACUCUUUGGAAGCGGAACGACGACGAAUAAUACUGGCACCUCAACCGGCUUCAGCGCAUUUGGUAGCACGUCGAACGCUCCCGCCAGUACAGCACUAGGUCCGGUGGGUGACCCCCCAGGUACUGGUGCCGUUACAAACUUCCAGCCCCUGGUGGAAAAAGAAAGUGCUACCAGUUCCGCACAGAACUCCUUCCAGAAUAUCCUAUUCCAGGAUCCGUACAAAAAAUGGUCCGCGGAGGAGCUAAGGCUUGCUGAUUAUGCAGCUGGGCGCCGUUAUGGUGGCACUUCGGGUACUGGGACCUUUGGGGUCGGUUCUGGUUUUGGCGGCUUUGGCUCGAAUAACCAAACGACGAAUUCGUUUGGCACCUCGAAUACGACCACGAAUACUGGCGGCGGUCUAUUCGGCAAUGCUGCGUCUUCUGGUGGUUUUGGUGCUCAAAAUAACACCAAUACGGGUGGAUUUGGGGCUAAUACCAACACUAGUAGUGGUCUAUUUGGCGCCAACAAGCCAGCAACGACCAGCGGCCUAUUUGGCAGCACAGCAACGUCUCAACCGGCACAACCCAGUGGUUUGUUUGGUGGGAAUACUGGGUUUAACACCGGAAAUACUGGUACUGGUUUUGGAUCUACGAGUGCUAAUACUGGAAGUUCAUUGUUCGCGAACAACGCCAACAAUCAGCAAAAACCCGGCUUCAGUUUCAGCAAUACUGGUAACAAUGCCACCGGUGGCUUUGGCAGCAACACUGGUGGCUUCGGUGCCAACACCAACACUAAUGCUGCUGGUGGCGGCCUCUUCGGUAACAACAGCAAUGCCAACCAGACUCCUGGUGCCGGUCUUUUCAACAAUACGAGCCAGCAAAAUACCGGCGGGCUUUUCAGCGGUACCGGCAGUAACACUGGUUUUGGUGCCCAAAAUCAACAGCAAGCCGGAUCAACCCUCUUUGGUAACACCCAACAGAAGCCGGCAGGGGGGCUGUUUGGAGGUAGCACUACCACUCCUGGAACCAGUGGUGGUAUGUUUGGAUCGAACAAUAACGCUGGUGGUUUUGGGGCAGGCAACAACCAGUCUAGCCUAUUUAACAAUAAACCUGCCGCUGGCACUGGCACUACCAGCCUAUUCGGGAACACCGGUACAACGACGAAUACGAAUACCGGAGGUGGCUUGUUUGGGGGUUUAGGCCAAAAUAACCAGAACCAACAGCAGCCACAACAGGGUGGUGGACUCUUCGGUUCAAGUCUUGGUCAAGCACAACAGAAGCCGAGUCUGUUCGGAAGUACGACACAGGCGGCCGGCGGUAGCCUUUUCGGGAACCAAAACAACCAGCAACAGGGCUCGUCCAUAUUUGGAACGUCAACUGCGCAGCAGCAACCACAAAAUAAUGGAAUGGGCAGUUCCCUGUUUGGCAAUUCCCAGGGCAACCAAGCGAUCCCAUCUCUUACUGCAAGCAUCAAUGACCCAACAGCAUACGGCUCACUAUUUGCCAAUAUUGGCAACACAGAAGUUGCUGACCCUGGCCCCCUCGCAACGCCUACCAAAAACAAACAAGCCAGGAGACCCUCUAUUCUCCCCUACUAUAAGUUGAAUCCAGCCUCCGCCUCUCGAUUUAUCACUCCGCAGAAGCGUGUAUACGGCUUCUCUUAUAGCACCUACGGUACUCCGAAUAGCACUUCGAGCGUAUCUAGCACUCCAGGAGCACUGUCACAAAGCCUGAUCGGAGGUGGCAACCUGUCACGCAGUUUGAACAAUUCCCUUAGCAAGAGUGUCUCGGCAAGUAGUCUUCGGCGGAACUUCAAUAUUGAGGAUAGCCUGCUAGCCCCUGGUGCAUUCUCUGCUAGCUCAGGGUCAAGAGUAUACGGCGGUGGCAGCGUCAAGAAACUUGUUAUCAAUAAGGAUUUGCGUAGUGAUUUGUUUUCCACUCCUACAAGAGACAAGUCUUCGCCCGAGACCCCAAAUAGCUCUCGAAAGCUAACCAAACGAGUUAGCUUUGACACCAGCAACGUCGAGGCCAUUGAAGAUGGCGAGGCCACAAACGGUUCGACUCAUUCCACUCCAAGUGCAGAACAGUUGGGCUACGUUCGGCCGAAGAGCACCAAUGGAGUCAACGGCUCUAAGUCAAGUUCUGUCCCCGAAAUGGAGCAGGUGAAGGGCAACGAGCUAGCGGUUGUGCAUGAAGAGGAAGCGACCUCGCCUGAGGGUCGCAGUCCAGCAGCAGUCUCCUCCAAUAUUGAGCCUGGUAAUUAUUGGAUGACGCCGUCUAAAGAGGAAAUUCAAAUCAUGAAUAGAAUUCAGCGCCAAAAGGUCUCCGACUUCACCGUGGGACGUGAGAAUGUUGGCUAUGUCAAGUUCAAGGUACCUGUCGACCUAACCUCGAUCGAUGUCGACAAUAUAUUUGACGUAAUUGUCAUCCUUGAACCGCGGUCCGCCACCGUAUACCCUAACGCUGCCAAAAAGCCUCCCGUCGGCAAGGGUUUGAACGUCCCUGCGUUGAUCAACCUUGAGCAUGCAUGGCCUCGUUCUUCACGGAAAGGAAAGCCUGUUUCCCUGACGAAACAAAUCGAGCGUUUGAAGAGGAUCCCGGAUACUAAGUUUGAGAAUUACAAUACCGAAACUGGUGAAUGGACCUUUUCCGUUGAGCAUUUCACUACGUACGGUCUGGAUGAGUCGGACGAAGAGGAAGACAGUGAAGUUAAGCCGUCGAAUGGCCCCUUAUCUUUCCCGUUAAAGCGGGCUGAGUCACCAUCGUCGGUUCCUGGUUCGGACGACGCUGCGUCUGACGUGAGUGACGUCUUGCAGGGCAAACGAAGUCAUCCUGCACCCCCGGGGGCUUUCGACCCCGACCAUGAUUCCUACGUUGAAGACGAGGCUGAAACGGCGGCAGUUAUCGGACCCCAGCCGUCUUUUUUAGCUAAUCGCUCCGUGGGUUUAGCGGCCACUGCUCUUGUUCAUAUGGAACAAGAUGACAUGGUCGAUGAAUAUGCGACGUCCGAGGCACAUGAAGAUGCGAGUGCUUCCCUCGGACGGCAUCUUGCCGCGGAGCGUGACGACAACUCGUUUGAUGGGUCGCAGUUCGAUACUGUGCCAGAGACCCCUGCCGGUAUCAUGAGAGCCCGGAUGAGGGCGAUCAAAGGCUCGUCGACACCGAUGAAGGUCCAGGUUUCAUCCGGAGACGAUUGGAUGGAUAUGCUUAGCAAGACAAUUAGCCCGAAGAAGCGGGACCGAGCACUCCUAAAAACCAUCCAUGAAACCGAUCAAUAUCGUGCGCUGGAUGAGGCUCCUCGUGAGACAUCUCCAACAAAAAAGCGCAUAGUAUCAGAUAGUCGAGGUUUUGCAACGAGUAUCGAUCUGAUGAACUCGUUGUUUGAGAAGGCGAAAACUCCCGCUGAAAAUCUCCAGGCGUCCGUGCGGCCAAAGGGUGUUAAGUGGCCUUAUAAACGACUUACGAAACAUCUCGAUGAAAGUGACAUGGAUGAAAAAGAAAGGAUGUGGCAUGACACUAUACGACCUACCUGGGGCCCGAAUGGUACCCUUGUAUUUUCCGCUACCCCAAAUACCUCGUCGUUUGGAAGGUCAAGCCGUAUAUCUGAAAAGAAUGGAUUGAUGACUGUGAUGAAAGGCGGCAUCGUAUCGGAAUCUCAGGAUAUCCGAAUCGCUAAAUUUACGAACGAGAUGUCAGCCAGAGCCAUUGAAGUGCACAACAAGUUAGCACAAGUGCAGCUCAUCGAUGGCGCACCAACAGUCAGGCUAAACCCAAAGACAGUACUAAAGGACUUCUCUCCUGGGAGUAAUGCCAAGAACGCUGCCGAAGAGCACGAGAAACUCGUCUGGGAGCUUGCUAGCGUGCUUUUUGAUAGCGUCAAAGUUCCCGCAGACCUUCAAACCGAUCCUGAAGCUCUAGAGAAGCUUCGCCGUGAGAAUCUGUCGCGGUUUUGGGAGCGCAUGGUCGAAGAGCAGACGAAUAAGACGGCCGCGAUGGCCGGGUCAAGUGAAGAAAAAGCUCUGGCUUCUCUGUCUGGUCACCGAAUUGCAGAGGCUUGCAAGCAUCUUCUUGAUGGCAAAAAUUUCCGCCUUGCGACUUUAAUUUCUCUCAUUGGUACGAACGAUACCGUCAAGAAAGAUGUAAAAGAGCAGAUGAAGGAGUGGCAAGAUGCCAAUGUGUUGUCUGAAUUCUCGCAGCCGAUUCGCGCUCUUUACGAAAUGCUCAGUGGCAAUGUCUGUGCCUGUGAAGGGACCAAAGGGGCAUUAGAAAACCGCACUGAGUCCUUCCUGAUUUCGAAACGAUUUGGCCUCAACUGGCAGCAAGCUUUUGGGUUGAGACUCUGGUACGCAAUCUCUACGGAGGAUAGCAUCGCGGAUGCGGUGGAAAAGUAUAAGGAAGAUGUGGAACAAGACAGGGAAUUACCACCGACCACAUGGUUCAUGGAGCAGGGUAUCAAGGGCAUCUGGAAUGACCCAGAUGAGGAUUUACGAGAGGACCUGCUUUGGGGAUUGCUGCGAUUGUACUCCGACACCCAAGUAGAUCUGGAAGCAAUACUCCGACCAGAAAAUUCUCAAUUAUCCCCUCUUGAUUUCCGGCUAUGUUGGCAAUUAGGACAGGCAUUAACAUCUACUGGGCGUGUCUCGUUCGGGAGGAACGCCGUCGAAAAAGCAGACGCCGCCACUAUCUCAUUUGCAUCACAGUUGACGAAUGAGGGUAGCUGGCUUGAAGCAACCUUCGUUUUACUACAUCUUACCGACCCGGAAGCUCGGUGUAAAGCGAUUCAAGACCAUUUGUGUAGACAUGCUGGACUGAUCGGGAAUGAAGACUCAGCUGCUUUCAGAAAGCUCACCGCAGACUUCAAAAUCCCCAAGCAAUGGAUUUGGCACGCAAAGGCAUUGUUCGCUAGGAGCGUCAAGAAGGACGCGAGCACCGAAGUUCAAUGCCUUCUCCGGGCGGAGUCGUGGGCUGAAGCUCAUCGCACUUUCAUUAAAGAAGUUGCUCCCGCCACGAUCAUUGAACGUGACUACGACACCCUAGCUGAUCUGCUGCAGCAGUUCGAAGGUCAUCAUUCGCAGGUGCCUGACUGGAACGUGGGUGGUGAAAUCUACAAGGGGUUCCUUCAACUGAUGGGAUGUCAAAGACGAGCCGAAGUCCCAUCUCCUCUUCUAGUUAAUGCUCUACUCGAGGGGCUACCGGCCAUGCAUGGAAAUACCCCCGAAGCUGGUAUUAUAGAAUAUGCAGCUUUAACAGACAUGGCGGCCGAAGUGGCAAAGGUGGUAUCAGGCAUGGCAAAGGCAGGAGAGAUGGAACACGAGCGUAUUUUGCAUCUGCCCCUAACGGAGGACGUCUUGCUUAAGCACUCCAGAGACCUCGCUUGGUCGCACUACUCAACCGUGAUGGCAGGCCAUUAAGAACCUCUUCAGGCUGCGAUAGUAUAGGAAGGAAUAAGACAGAUAACAAAAAACAUUUCUGUGGAGGAUGAUAGCACCCUAUAGUAGAUAGAUUCUUCCUUAGUAGGACGAGCCAUGGCGUAGGCAAGGCCUAGUCGAAGCAUAACUUCGGGGAGGGCGAACUACAUGAGCCCGUAAUGGAGGAUUAUGACGUUCGGAAUUUCUGGUGUCAUAGGGGUGACAGCGGAAAGUCAAUUACAUUCAUGUAGCAUAAUAAAGUAGCUAGCAUAAAAUUUGCU